AUGAAUGGUGCCGAAGGUGAAGUUGUGCACAAUAGCGGCCCAGUCAGUCCGACCGCACGCAAAAGACCUGUUCAGUCUGACAGCGAUCUGACCGAACAGCCAUUCAAGUCGUUGCGAUCCGAGAUGGCUACGCCGAUCAAUCCUCCUGCGGCCCCUCCUUCAGCGCCUCCGACUAUCAAUGGCGCCUCUGCUACUUUGUCCCAUUUGCAACCCUCGAUGCCCACUCAGCAAACGACAAACGGCAUUGUCGGCGGAUCUUCGCAUCCUCUGCUGCCUCAGGCUGCCACUGCGCUGUCGAGCGGGGUGCAGUCGCUCAACGCAUCUCCUUCCACGCCUCAAACGCCUUUCGAGUUCCCGCAGAGUCAGGCUUUGGCAGGCAUCGCAAGCGGCAAUGCCACGUCUCAGUCAAUUCCUUCGAGUCCCGCCAUGCAACAGCAUGGCCACAUGCGCGGGGGUUCGUUGCAGGAUGCUAUGACCAUGACCGCCCAGCCUGGCCAAAAGAUGAUGACUGCGCUCGAGUCUCAGAACAACGCUGACCGAAGCCAGUCUAAGAUGGCAAGAAGUGCUCUGCAGAUGUCGGCCAUUUCGAGCAACAACACGUCUGCAGACCAAUCUGCGGUCGACUCGGGACCCUCUUCACCUGAUGAGUCGUUCAGCAAUGGCGACAGCGGAGACGAAUGGGCACAGAACGGCGACGCAAGCCAGGCCCACCUCACCAAGCAUCGUCGACACCGAAGCAGUGGCUUCUUCUCGAGCGGCGCCUCGAUUGACUUUGCUGUUACAGACGAGGGAAGUGCCGGAGAUGCGUCCAUGGCAGGCGCAGACAAGAACGGACCCAGCACUGCCAUCUCUUCGGAGCUUCGCAGCAAGCUUGAGGGUAUCUUCCACAGCUUCCUCACCGCUGUAUGUUCGGACCUGGAAAUCACCGACGACCGCGGCGAGCUGCUGCAUCAGACCCUGAUGCCGAAGAAAAUGGCACGCUUGGACGAGUCACCCGAUUUUCGUCCGUUCAAGUUCCGUAUUCAGGCUUUCACAAAUGCUUUCCAGGCUGAAGUGUACCGCAACGGCAUCUCCGAAGCCGAGUGCUCGAUCAAGAAGAUCAAACAGUUCCUGUGGACGCAGCCUUACAUCUCUCGGUUCAACGAGGACGGCAAGAAGGCCAAAUCCAAGGGUAACCACAUCUGGAUCGUAGAGGCCAAAAAGAUUCCGGAGGGCGGAUGGGAGUUCCGUGAAUUCAGCCGCAAGAUCGCUGGGGCCCCGGAAAAGAUCGCCUACGUCGGCCUCAAGUGGACGUGGCCCCUCAAAGUGUGGGACCCGCAGGCUUCUUCGACGAGCAUCAAGGCUGUCUUUUCGUGCAACAAAGUGCCUUCCUGGAUUCAGUGGGAGGAGGAUAAUCGGGUGCUGUCGGGCACGCCUACAGCCGGCAGCGAGAGCGGUGAGGUCAGCGUCACUGCUCACUAUGUGCACGGCGGCCAGCUCCACCAGCUCCAGCACUCGUUUUACCUGCCGGUCGCAUCAAUUGCUGCGGAUGAGCUCCAGGCUAACGAUGCUGGACCCUCGGCCGGUAACGCAGCGCUUGCGACUCAGCAUCCUGUCGCAGGAGCGGCUCAACCUGUGAUGCCGACUGCUGCGGUUGUGCCCGACAUGUUGCAGCAUGCGUUGCAGCAUGGUCUGCCUCCUCCCGGCCACGCUUUCAUCAACGGUCAGCCGCCGGCCAAUUUCCCGAGCGAGUCGAUCAACCAUCAGAUUGUGGAGCCUUCCAAGGUUCCUGCUGUGCUUAACGCAAUCUCGUUCCCCUUUACGCCACCUGUCCACGCCGACACGCGUCAGCAUUACUUUCAGUCGCUGAAUAACGAAGCGGCAAUGCUGACGCCCCAGCUCUCGGACGUCGCGGGUACGGGCCCCGAUGUGACCAACAGCUCGUCGCAGCUUUCGUCUGCCAUGGCCUCGCCCAUGCCCAUGUCUACCCAGCUGAACCACAGCCCGUUCCAGAGUGCGCCCGCCGGCCAGCUUGCUGGAAUGCAGCCUCUGCAGGCGCCAGCCUCGUCGCAAGCUCUGCAACAGCAGGUGCAGGUCAAUGUGGCGAUGCCGCCGCAGUCGGCGCCGAUGGUAGCAUCGCAGCCGGAGGGACAUCAUUUGAACGGAGGCAAGGCGUCAAGCGAGGAGGUCCAAGUGCAUCAGGUGCGCAGCAUGAUCGAGAGGAAGCAGCAGGCGCAAGCUGCCAACUUUAUGUUGUCCAUUCCGUCACGGAAAGCGGCGAUCGCUGCUGAAGCUGCCCGCCCCGCUUCGGGUCAGACGACGCCAAUGUCCUCGAUGCCGACCGAAAUGGCAGCGCACCUGCCGGCGCUGAGCUCGCUUCCUCCGAACGAGCCGCUUGCCAGUGGUAUGGCGCCCAAUGCUGUUACAGGCGAUUCGACGCUCUCGCCCGCUCUGAAUGUGGGGUUUGAGACCAUGGGCCAGGUUGGGAUGCAGCUCGGACUGCAGAACGACCCGGCGCAACAAGGUCAAUAA